AUGAUCCACCUCCUGGCGAUUGUUCUGUUCACGCUCAGUGCCUUUGCCCAGUUUAAUCCUCACUUCAAACCAGGCCACCAAACGAUUGUCCAGCUGUAUGAGUGGCGCUAUCAGGAUAUCGAACACGAAUGCCGCAGCUACCUUGGACCGUACGGUUUCGGUGGAGUACAGCUGUCCCCGGUGAGUGAAGUGCGCGACAAUCAACCACCCUCCUGGACGAAUCGUUACGAACCGAUCUCGUACAAACUGACCGGGCGUUCCGGUAACGAAUCAGCCCUUCGCUCGAUGAUCACGGCGUGCAAUGAAGCCGGAGUGCGCGUUUACAUCGAGGUAGUGUUCAACCAUAUGGCGAGGGCUAGUGCUGGGGAGGCGACGACACGUGGGACGGCUGGUUCGAUCGUAAAUCCAGCGGCACGCGAUUACCCCGAUGCACCGUACAUUGCGGCGGAUUUCAACGAUCCGUGCACGAUCGUCAACGCAAACGAUCCCCAUGAGCUGCGCAACUGCUGGAAAGAGGAUCGUCCCGAUCUGAACCACGGGCUCGCUCGCGUUCGUCAACGGAUUGUGGACUUUCUGAAUCGUCUGCUGGCACUCGGUGUCGCCGGGUUCAUCAUCGAUUCCGCCCUCUACAUGUGGCCACACGAUCUGCGAGCGAUCUACGAUCGAUUGCAGAACCUCAGCGCUGGCGCUGGGUUCGCGGCCGGUUUGCGACCAUUCGUUUGCUACGAUCUGUCCUACCAUCAACCGGGCGUACGACCGAACGUGAGCUGGAAGGAGUACGGCGAGCUGGGAGUGGUGACACAGGAUCGCUUUGCGAUCGACAUCGGUGAGGUGUUGCUGCGGCGAAAACCGUUCCACUACUUUGUCCACCUCGGUACACGGUUAGGGUACAUCCCACGGGAACGGGCACUGAUCUACGUCAACAGCCAACCGUGGCUUCGUCAACCGGAUGCGGAUGGAGAUCUGUUGGUGGUAUCGUUGCGUAAUGCACGUGCUUACCAGAUUGCACUGGGCUUUAUGCUAGCACAUCGGUACGGAUUGGCCCGGGUGACGAGCUCGUACGAGUUUACCAACCUCACCGAGGGACCACCGGUCGAUGCACAGGGACAGAUUGCACCGGUACGGUACAGUGCGGAGGGGGCCUGCCUGCGACCCUGGAUCUGCGAACACCGGUGGCCCGUGGUAGGGAAGAUGUUGCAGUUCCGUCGGGCCACCAAUGGGACCGGCAUUGCCAGUUGGAUGGACAAUGGACAGAAUCAGAUCGGCUUUUGCCGUGAUCGGUCCGGAUUUGUGGCGUUCAAUGCAGAGAUAUCGCUCACGCUAAAGGCCAAACUGUACACCUGUCUCGAGGCUGGCACGUACUGCGAUCUUAUCAGCAGUGAGGUGGUGUUGGAGGGGGCUGGCGAGGAGGCUGAGUGUAGUGGGACGAAGGUAGUAGUGGAUGAGGAUGGUCAGGCGGACAUUUUCAUCAAAACGCAUCUGGAGGAACCGUUUGUGGCGUUACUGGCAACGAGAGCGGUUGGAUGAGGUGCAUUCUUAGCUCAUGAUUUUUUGGCAAAAGAAUAGAAGGAAUCAUUAUUUCUAUUGAUUUCUUAUCAUUACUUCGUAAACUACAUCUUUCAUAUUUGGUGCUUUGUAGUGGAAUCUCAG